AUGAAUAUAGGAAACUUGUAUUUCUCAUUCACAAAUUCAGCUUUGUUUAUGCUGCUAACUCUCAGUUUGGUCCUACUUCUGGUUUAUUUUGUUACUAAAAACGGAGGAGGAAACUUAGUACCAAAUGCUUGGCAAUCCUUGGUAGAGCUUAUUUAUGAUUUCGUGCUGAACCUGGUAAACGAACAAAUAGGUGGUCUUUCCGGAAAUGUGAAACAAAAGUUUUUCCCUUGCAUCUUGGUCACUUUUACUUUUUUGUUAUUUUGUAAUCUUCAGGGUAUGAUACCUUAUAGCUUCACAGUUACAAGUCAUUUUCUCAUUACUUUGGGUCUCUCAUUUUCUAUUUUUAUUGGCAUUACUAUAGUGGGAUUUCAAAGACAUGGGCUUCAUUUUUUAAGCUUUUUAUUACCCGCAGGAGUCCCACUGCCGUUAGCACCUUUUUUAGUACUCCUUGAGCUAAUUUCUUAUUGUUUUCGCGCAUUAAGCUUAGGAAUACGUUUAUUUGCUAAUAUGAUGGCCGGUCAUAGUUUAGUAAAGAUUUUAAGUGGGUUCGCUUGGACUAUGCUAUGUAUGAAUGAUAUAUUUUUUUUUAUAGGGGAUCUUGGUCCUUUAUUUAUAGUUCUUGCAUUAACCGGUCUGGAAUUAGGUGUAGCUAUAUUACAAGCUUAUGUUUUUACGAUCUUAAUCUGUAUUUACUUGAAUGAUGCUAUAAAUCUCCAUUAA